UCUGAUCUUGCUUUCUUGCGUCUUUCCCUUCUUUCUUCCCUCCCCUCCCCUCCACCUGCUUGUGUUUCUUCGUUCUGCUGGUUCUUGCGCCUGUGGUUUGGGUGCCAACCUCUCUUCGAGGGUGCAUCUUCAACAAUAAUACUUUUCACCUCACAACGCUUAUUCGUGCUCACGAGCCAACCUAGAAACCUUACAACCACACCUCCAUCCAUCCUCCUUUAAUUCCUCUUCCGACGACCAUCUUCCGUCUCGUUUACCCUCCUUCUCUUCAGGUAUCAUCAUAUUCCAUUCAGAGUCAUGUCUGAAGUACAAUCGAGGUCCUCUGCCUCCCGUGGCAGAGCGUCCGCUCGCGGUGGCAGAGGCGGUUACAGCUCCAGAGGUGGUCGAGGCGGCAGUAGAUCUGCAAACGCCGAUGGCUCAGAGAAGAUCGCAUCUACAACAUAUGAAGAAGAGGGUGAAAUCGGCCAGAUGAAAAAGAAAUAUUCCAGUUCUCUGCCGGCUCUCAAAGAGCUUUUCCCUGACUGGACCGAAGACGAUCUCGUCUUUGCAUUGGAGGACGCAGGCGGCGAUCUCGAGAGCGCAAUUGAGCGUAUAACCGAAGGUAAUGUAUCUCAGUGGGGCGAGGUAAAGAAGAAAACCACAGACCGGAGUCGCUCCAAAACCAAGGAGGCUCAGAGCACCCCGACCGAGACAACCACUGCUUCUGUUCGUGGAGGACGUGGACGCGGUGGAUUCGAGGGCCGUGGGCGCGCUCGUGGAGGCCGCGGCGGUCGCGGUGGCCGUGCUGGGGCUCAUGUCAAUGGAACUCGUCCCGUGAAAGUGGCUGCCACUCCCACCGUUGGCGUCCCAGAGACUCCAGCAGAAGCUACUCCUGAAUCCGGAGCAACCACACAGGAAGAGAAACACACAGACCGCGAAACUGCGGGAGUAUCCGGCGCUGGCGAUGCCUCGAAGGAACCCCCAAGGACUAGCGUCGCUCCCGAAGCCCCCAAGAAGUGGACUAGUUUGUUUGCAAAGCCUACGCCCCCUCCCCAGAAGAAGCCGCCUACUGCUACGCCUGCACCGGCCCCAGAAAAAGCGGCGGAGCCGGCAGUGGAACAGAAGGCCCCCGAGCCUGCACCUGCACCUGUGCCUGUACCUGCGCCCGCUCCUGAACCAGCGGAGAAGACCCCUGAGCAGCCCGUUCCUCCUCCUGCUGAGGAUGCCACCGAAGCGCAGCCAUCAGAGGAAACUAAACAACCGGCGGAUGACUUGACGGAGACAAACCUCGAGCGAGUUCCUGAUGCGUCUGCACCGGCUCCUACAGCUACUGCGGCUAGCACAAUUGGCAGCACAGCACAGGAUGCGGCCGCCUCUGCAACUACUCCUACCCGUCAGCCUCCUUCAACCUACCCCUCAAGCACGCUGAAGCAGAGUUUCAGAGCUUCCGGAUUGCAACGUCGUGUCAUGGAGCAACAGGAAGCGGUUGUUAUGCCUGCAAAUCAUGCAGUUGACCGUGCUGCUGUGCAGUUUGGUAGCAUGGGUCUGAAUGGCGACCCCACCGAUGUUGAUAUCGAUGAGAACAGAGAACAAGCAGAAACUCGUGCUCAGCCCCCGCAACACUCGCCUGUUGCUCCACGUGCAUCGUUGCCCCCUUCGACCCAGGCACCGGUUCCCACGGAGACGCCAGCUGUUUCCCGCCCUGCUCCCGGACUUCCUCCAGUUCCGCAGGCUACUGCUGCAGAAACUUUGAACGAUUUUGGCCAGUACGCUGACAGCCAUAAACCUUACGACCUAUUCGCUCACCAGGUUACGCAGCCCCAGCCGCAGGCCCAGGAACCAUUCGCAAACCAAGCGCCUAUCCAGCCCACUGUCACUACUAGCAGUGAAUUUUCUCCAUUCUACGCGAUCGACCAACAACGCCUCCCGUACAACUAUUACGGUACUUACGGCCAGGCCCAAGAUGCCACUGCUGCCCAGAGAGCUGCCACCGGAUUUGGGAUCUCCGGUGCCGAAGUGCAACCUCAUAUCCCUACCACUCAACCGCCGACUCGUUACGGCCAAGUUGACACGCCGAACAGUGGACACGUUACUCCUAACCCGACUCUGCCUGCAGUGACCCAGACUCCCACUGCACAACAUAUCCCUGGCCAGGCACAUGGUGCUUAUGGAUAUGGCUACCCAUACUAUUCCAACCCUCACUAUGCUUCUUACAUGAGCCAAAUGACUCAGCAUCAGUAUGGCAGGAACCGCCCUAUGUAUGAUGAUGCUCGGAGAUACGACGACCACUACAUGCCGCACACCAGCCAGUAUGGUUAUGGCAAUGGCUACGGACCGUACGGCAAAGCAGGAAUGUACGGACAACCCCAGCACGCCUUUUCUUAUGAGCACUCUUCUCCUGCCAAUGCUGCCGGGUUUAACCAAGGCGUGCCUGGCCGCGAUUCUGUUUACGGCCGAACCGGAUCCGCACAGCCGUCUGAGAACCAGCAAACUGCAACCACGGGCACAAGCGCCUUCGGUUCCGGAAUGACGGACGUCUUUGGUCGCACCCCGGCUGGCUUCUCUCAGAACCAACCCAUCAGUCAACAGCAACCCGCGACAACCGAGGAAGCAACCAAGAGUUUCGACGCACCCAAGCCAGGUGGACCGAGCCCCUCGCUUGCCCAAGCUAACCGUCCCGGAUCUGCGACGAACAGCGCCCCUGGGCAGCCUCAGGCUCAGACUGGUCUUCCCCCAUUGCAGUCCCAGGGCCAGCAGGCGUUUGGUGUCUAUCCACACCUGAACCCCCAGUAUGGUGGUCUGGGCAGCCUUAGUGGUCAUCAGGCUGCGGCCACUCAAACCCAUCACGGAACUGGUUAUGGCAACUACGGUGCUGCAGGCUUUGGCACCUACUACGGGAACUCUGGCCGCGGAGGCUGGGGAGGCAACUAUGGACACUGAGAGACCAUGGCGGUUACAUUGCGGGUAGUGAAUUAUUAUUUAUUGAGAGGGGCCAGCAUACCUGACAAACAAAAGGAGAAUCGUUCAUGUGUCUCUCAAUUGUAUAAUCUCUACUCUUGAUGAAAGUUUGGCUGGGCUUAUUUUUAUUUGAUUUUUUUCUUUCUUUUUCAAUUGGACUUUCUUACCCAGGGUUUUCUAUUGCAGUGCCUGUACUGACCAAGGAUGAGGGGGAAAAGAAAAAAGGAAAAAAAAAAAAAAAAGAAAAAGGAGUGGAGUGGAAUAACCAGCCUUGUGCUCUGUCUCCAUGGGUCUAUUGAUCGACUCUUGUGUUUUUAUAUUUUUACUUCUCUGUUACAUCUUUCACCCUCCAAACUCCGCACUUGUGUUAUUUUCUAUUUUUGCUUUUUUCCUCACCUUUUCUCCAUGUCUUUUCCAAUGCUGUCUCUAUUCGUCUUUUUUCCUUACCUACAUGUGUAUGCACUUUUCAAAUUCCUUCAAUGUUUUCAUUGUAUGGCUUGGUUUCGUUCAUUGAUUGAUUGGGAAUCAUUCGGAUGAGAUUAGGAUCAAAGCCUCGGACAUGGAGUGGAAAUUAAAAAAACGAGAAAAUGGAGAGAUUCGGGAAUAUGGAAUGGCGUUGAUUAUGCUCUUUUCUUUCUUCCUCGGUACUUCUUUUUUCUUAUUUUCUUUCCUUCUCGUAAGGGUACUGAUGUUCCGUAGCGAUGAAUAAAUACAUAGUCCUGUUACCAGCAAUGUUUGGACCGUCUACUGAUAACCAUAGUAUAGUAUCCAAGUGCUUGGCCUGAUUUACGAUCAAGCAUUCUGUUGCUACUGGACCGUAGGUACCUACCUAGGACCUAUGUACAGGAUUUCC